GUGAAACCUGUCGCCAGUUUUUCUGUAUCAGGUGGAAUUGAAAGCAGCUUUCGUUCACACUUUUAAAGGAAUCAGUGUUUAGUUCACAUAAUGCAGCAAACCAGUCGGACUUUUCUGCUGUUUUGGACAAUUUUACUGAGCACCAGAGCAGAAGACGUGACGGUGACCUGCGUCUGGUCCAGCAGCUGUGUGCUCCCCUGUAGGUCCCAGUACCACGACAUCAUCCACUGGUAUAAAGACAAUAAGCAGAACUCCGUCCAUACCUUCUACGAUAAAGACGAUCAUCUGGAGUACCAGGAUGGGGACUUUAAAUAUCGGACGUCUCUGUUCAGAGAUCAGCUCUCUCAGGGAAACAUCUCACUGCUGCUGCAGACCAUCCGGACUACAGACGAAGGCCGUUAUAAGUGUUACAGUGCGACCAGCACGGAUAACAGUGAGCAGUUCAUCAGGCUGAGAGUUCAAGCUCCAGUUAAAGAGGUGGAUUUAAACAUGAAAAGUGACAAAAUUUCCUGCGGCAUGAAAGGCGUUUACCCAGAACCCCAAAUCUCCUGGUACAUAGACGGCAGCGCAGAAGGUGACUUUAGUGUGGAGAAAGCAGGAGAUAAAGAGGGUUUGUUCUCAGUGAGCAGUGUUCUGUCUCAGAGUGUCAAAGAAAACACCACAUACACCUGCACCAUCAGCCUCAGGGACAAGACUCAGACAGCCAGCCUGAGACGAGAGAAUGUUGUCAUUAUGUCAGGACAGGACGCCACUAUUCACUGUCCUGUCUCUCAGGAGAUCUCAGGAAACAGCAACAUCACCCUGAUGUUUGGAAAUUCUUCUACCAUUCUGACUUACAUCCAAGUGUCACAGUUUCCUACAGACACGGAGUGGAGGGGAAAAAAGAUACAUGUCGCGCUCGACGGGACCGUCACCAUCCCCAACGUGGAGAACGAAGAACAUACAGGAGUUUACAGAUGUCUGAGAGUCUCUGCACUGUCCAGACAGGAAGUGUACAGCAAAGUACAGAUUAAAUCAGAAAACUACCAGACUGGUGUUAUUGUUGGUCUAGCUGUCCUCAUCUUCAUCAUCCUCAUCGCUGUUCUGUGCUGGCGUUGCCGCAAAAAAAUAGUGAACGCCAUACGAAAAAAACAACAGACAAGUUCUUCCGAAAAUAAUAGAAACUCAUCCAACGGCAAUCGAGAGGAACAAGGACAAGAAAGUACACCUCUGGCCCAGAUACCUGGUCAACAUGGGGCAGAAACAGAUCCCCAGUAAUUUAAAAAGUUAAAAAAAAAAUCAAGUUUCUAAGACACAAUAUCUACAUUGCACAGUGUUUUGUAUAGUUGUAUUGUAUUGUAUAUGAAGGAAGCUGAAGUGAUAAUAGUGAAAGCUAAUAGUGAAGAGAGACUUUACUCGGUUUGUUAGCAGCUAAAAAAAAAAAUUGAGCUGCCAACGUAUUAGAUAACAAAAUUAAUUUUUCCCUCAUUACUCAUCCAUGAGAGAAAUUUGGUGCUUGUUUCGCUCACUUCAGGACCAGAAAACAAACUGAUGCCACUGAAUGUAUUGCAAUUUUACUGUUUUUCUUUAGUUCCCUUGAAAUGCUUUACAGUAAAAAUAUGAAGGAAUGAGGAUCAGUUUAAUUUAAGUACAAUAUGAAGAAACUAUUGUGACCGAAAGACUGAGAAACAUCAUUUGUUUAUGUGUCUGUAUGUAAAGUUAGUUUAUUUUUUUUCAAGUCUUAUAUUUAUAUGAUGUUCUUGUGUUCUUUUUUCUAAAUGAACCACGAUUCAGAAGGUAAAAACAAAACGCAGUGAACUACAUGGUCUCUUCGGACCGAACAGCGAUAUUAAAACUGACACGAGUUUCUCUGGUGACAAUAAGGAAGAACAGAGCUGAAGAAAUAAACGAGUAAAACCUGUA